AUGGCUCCAAGACUCUGGACUGCGCUAUAUGCGCUAAGCUUCGGCCACGCAGCGGUCGCUGCACCACAGCUGGCCCCUCGUGCAACCGGUAGCCUAGACACAUGGUUGGCAUCGGAGACUACGGUAGCACGGCAGGGUAUCCUCGAUAAUAUUGGAUCGAGUGGUACCUAUGCUGCUAGUGUGAAGCCCGGCAUUAUCAUUGCCAGUCCCAGCACCGACAGCCCUGAUUACUAUUAUACUUGGACUCGUGACUCUGCCUUGACUAUGAAAGUCUUGAUUGAUCAGUUCAAGAACGGUGACACAUCAUUGCUCACCGUGAUUGAAGAGUAUAUCAGCUCCCAGGCUUAUAUCCAGACUGUCUCUAACCCGUCCGGCUCCCUCUCCUCUGGUGGCCUGGGUGAGCCCAAGUUCAACAUUGAUGAGACUGCCUACACUGGGUCUUGGGGACGGCCACAGCGCGAUGGACCUGCGCUCCGAGCCACUGCUUUGAUUGCAUUCGGCCAGUGGUUGAUUAUGCUCCAGAGCAACGGAUACACUACCCAGGCCACCAAUAUUGUCUGGCCUAUUGUGCGUAACGAUCUCUCCUACGUUGCCCAGAACUGGAAUAGUUCGGGAUACGACCUCUGGGAGGAAGUCAGUGGAGAGUCAUUCUUCACCACUGCGGUGCAGCACCGUGCUUUGGUUGAAGGUAGCAAAUUUGCGAGUCAAGUCGGCUCUUCCUGCUCGUACUGUGACUCGCAGGCACCGCAGGUUCUUUGCUUCCUACAGUCCUUCUGGACUGGAUCCUACACCCUGGCCAACUUCGGUAGCAGCCGUACCGGCAAGGACGCCAACACCCUCUUGGGCAGCAUUCACACUUUUGACCCAGAGGCUGCCUGUGAUGAUACUACUUUCCAACCCUGCUCUUCCCGAGCAUUGGCUAACCAUAAAGUGGUUACCGAUUCUUUCCGCUCUGUCUAUACCGUCAACAGUGGUAUUGCUGAAGGCACUGCCGUGUCCGUCGGACGUUAUCCCGAAGACUCUUACUACAACGGUAACCCCUGGUACCUUUGCACAAUGGCUGCUGCUGAGCUUCUCUAUGAUGCUUUGUACCAGUGGAACAAGAUUGGUUCUCUGACCAUCAACUCCGUCUCUCUUGCAUUCUUCCAGGACAUGUACAGCUCUGCGGCUACUGGAACCUACUCCUCAUCGAGCGCAACCUACUCUACAAUCGUCAGUGCGGUUAAGACCUAUGCUGAUGGAUAUAUGAGUAUUGUGGAGAAAUAUGCCAUGACCAACGGCUCCAUGUCGGAGCAGUUCUCCAAGUCUGAUGGCUCUCAGCUUUCUGCUCGUGACUUGACCUGGUCUUAUGCUGCUCUAAUCUCUGCGAACAACCGACGUAACUCCAUCGUCCCUGCUGCUUGGGGCGAGACCUCUGCAAGCAGCGUGCCGGCAACAUGCGUCGCCACAUCUGCUACGGGUACCUACAGCACUGCCACCUCCACUUCCUGGCCGGCGACUUUGACUAGUGUAUCUGGAGCGACAACCACAACCACAAGCGCAACAACCACAGCAACUGGAACCACCACUAGCACUAGUACUACGAAGACUACGACCACCGCCACUUCGACUACCUCCUGCACCACCCCAACUGCAGUGGCUGUUACGUUCGAUCUUAUCGCGACUACCUACUACGGCGAGAACAUCAAGAUCGCAGGUUCCAUCAGCCAACUGGGUGACUGGGACACCGAUAAUGCCAUUGCACUGAGUGCAGAAGACUAUACCUCCAGUGAUAACUUGUGGUUCGUGGAUAUUGACCUGCCGGCUGGCACGAGCUUCGAGUACAAGUAUAUUCGGGUCGAGAGCGAUGGAAGCAUCGAGUGGGAAAGUGACCCCAAUCGCUCGUAUACUGUGCCUGCCGCUUGCGCUACUACUGCUGUUACGGAGAGCGAUACCUGGCGGUAG